CGUGUUCGUGUUGUAUUGUAUCUCAUCAAAUCCCUAAAAAAACUCUCGAGCUCGACGGAAAUGGCACUGAGAAAUGCACUUCUUCGCCACCUUAGGGUUCCGGUGACAGUGAGAGGAUCGAAACAGUCUCCGAUCAGGUUCAUCCGUGCUUUCUCUUCGCACGAUGAUCAUCUCAGCAAGCAAGAUGUCGUCGACAGAGUCCUCGACGUUGUCAAAAGCUUCCCUAAAGUCGAUCCCGCUAAGGUGACACCUGAUGUUCAUUUCCAAAAGGAUUUGGGAUUAGAUAGUUUGGACACGGUGGAGAUUGUGAUGGCUAUUGAAGAGGAGUUCAAGCUUGAGAUCCCUGACAAGGAAGCUGACAAGAUCGAUUCCUGCUCUCUUGCCAUUGAAUACGUUUUCAAUCAUCCUAUGUCUAGCUAAACACACUCUGCUAUCACUUAUGUUUUUUUUAGUUAUAAACUCAGUUCUUUCCUGAUCAUGUGACUUCCAUAAUAAUUCAGUUCUGGUUUGAGAGGCAUGCUUGACUCUUUGAACAGUUUCAAUCUCCUUGAGGAACCUUAUGUCUUGAUUGUUUUGUAAUUCGACACUUUUUUGGUGUAAUUACAAUCUACCUUAUUCAACCAAAGGGGUUUUUGUUCUCUUGA